AUGUCGGAAAUACCGUAUUUAGCGAUUGUUGGGGGAGGAAUUGCGGGACCUGCGCUAGCCCUCAGUCUGAAGAAACAUCACGGCAUUUCUUCCACUGUAUACGAACUUCAACCCAAGCACGACGUGCGAGGAGUCAACAUCACUCUUGCACCCAACGCUGUGCGUGUCCUACAGCAUGUGGGAGUCUAUGACACUGUCCGCACCCAAGGCUACAGCUACGAAGACCUUCAUAUGAGUAACGCCAGAUCUCAGGCCCUUGGAACAUUACUGCAGGGAAGUCCAAAACACUAUAACUUUUCUAGCCUAAGAGUACAUCGAGCCAUCGUCCAGAAAGCGCUCUUGGACGAAUUAAAAGCACAAGGAAUUCCAGUUGUUUUUGGCAAGAAGCUGGUUCAAUUACGCGAAGAUAAAGAGUUUGUCGAGUUGGAGUUCGCCGAUGGAACUAAAGCAAGGGCUUCUUUUGUCAUAGGAGCCGAUGGCGUGCACUCAAGGGUUCGGGAUGCCAUCAUGGACACCGAAACAAGCUAUAGUGGAUUCAUGGGCAUCAUCGGUAUGGGCGUCAAGCGCGAAUCUCUUCACAAGUCGGCGGCCCAGACGCCACUACCGAGUUUCAUAUUCGGGGGCAGAGGUUUUGUCGCCGUCAUGCCAUCCGAUUAUAAGGGGACUGUAGUUGACUUUUUUUCGACUAUGCCUUAUCCUGCUCGAUCGAGAAAAGAGUGGGAUGAGCUUGCUAGCGACAAGACAAAAGUGCAAGAAAUCCUCCAACAGAGAUUCGGCGACCAGUGGCCUAAAUUCAUUUGCGACAUUACCAUGGAGUAUAACAAAGAGGGCUUGAGCCUGCUGCCCUUUUUCGAAGUUCCACCUCUGGAGCGCUGGACGAGUAUCAAGCGACGAGUAGUCUUAAUCGGUGACUCUGCUCAUGCCUUUACACCUCAGGGUGGACAAGGUGCAGCGAUGGGCCUUGAAGAUGCUGAGACACUUUCGCAUACCUUGGCGCAUCCAGAUUUUGCAUCAGACUACAUGCGCCUCCUAGCCGCCUGGGAACGUCACCGGAGUGAUCGACUGCGUCUCGUCAAAGACUUUACUGAUUUGAACGGACGAUUGCGAACACCGGACACUGCCAUCGUUCAAUGGAUCAAAGAGAUGCUUAUCUGGGGUCGCUUCAAGUGGACAGGUCAAUUGGGAAACUUGCAAUGGCUGCAUGGAUACAACGCUGAAGACAUUGUCCGCGUUUUCUAG